AUGUCAAAAAGAUCUAUCAGUGAAAUUGAAGUAGAAUCUGUAGAGGAAAAUGAUUCCUUAGCCAUUGGUUCCUUCUUUAAGGGAUUCCGUGCCCCAGUUGAUACUAAAUUUGACCUAUACCGUAAGAAGUCCUCCAAGAAGGAUUAUUUACUACACGGUGAGAAUGAAAGACUAGAAUAUGAAGGUACUACAGAUGACUUAGCUAAAGGUAAUCAAUCCGUUGUAGCCAUCUAUAACGCCAAGAAGAACACUGUUCAAUUGUACAAGACCCCAAUCUUGGUCUCUAAAGUGAUCUCUAAGGCUAAUAAGAACUUAAGAGGACCAUCUAUUAAGAAUGCAGACGUUAGAGGUUCUGUUUUAAGAAAUGCCCUGGGUGAAGCCUUCGGUACAAAGAAAGCCAAGAAAGCUAUUGCUGAUUUGGAGAGAAACCGUAUCGAUGCUGACAAAUUAUCUGGUGUUGCUGUCGAUAUCGUAGACGCUGUCAGAACUGCAUCUAAGGAUCUACCAACUAGACAACAAUUGGAAGAAAACAUCUCAAACGAUAGACCUACUCCAUUGGCUAAUGUCGACGCUACAGAUGUCGAACAAAUUUACCCUGUUGAAAAUAUAAUAUCCGAUUAUGAGAUGCAAUUUAUCCGUGUGGGACAUUUAUUAAAGGAGACAGAUGUAGAGAAAAAAUUGGAAUCAUUCCCAUUCUCUUCAAAGUACAUCACCAAGAAAUUACCAAUCUUUACACAACCUACUCAAUUACCAAAAUUACAACUAUUAUACUAUUUAUCUCUAUUGUUAGGUGUUUAUAAUAACAGAAGGGUUAACAACAAGGUGAAAUUAUUAGAGAGGUUGAAUUCUCCUCCAGAGACUUUGAUCGAUGGUAUUCUAGAUAAAUUUACUUUGGCAAGACCAGGUCAAUUUGGUAGAUCUAAAGAUCGUUCUUUCUUCAUUGAUCCUCAACACGAGGACAAAUUAUUGUGUUACAUUUUAACCAUUAUCAUGCAUUUGGAUAACUUCAUAGUGGAAAUAUCCCCAUUGGCACAAGAGCUAAAUACAAAACCAUCCAAGAUUGUCGCUUUGUUUAGAGUACUUGGUGCUCUUGUUAAGGGUGCAACAGUUGCUCAAGCAGAUGCUUUUGGUAUCGCUAAGAGUGCUGCCAAUACAUAUAAGAUUGCCACUUUGAAGGUUCCAUUUAAACUACCAGAGAUGGUCAGAAGAGGUAGAGGUCCAAGACGUUAA